AUGGGUAACAGGAGAUACCUGAUCGUCAUCCCAGCCGAACUGACCUUCCCAUCGGCCCAGAGGGUGUGCUUGGACCUGAGAGGGGUGGACAAGCCCAUUCGAGUGGCCUUGACUCUUGUGCAUGCAUCCAGGAGCCUUGUCCUCUUCCGAAGGGUCAUCCGGAACAACAGGAUCUUGGAAUGCGCCAAGUUUUGGGUCCCGUCUCCUGCUGGGGGCCGGGAGGAGGUUUGCACUGUCCAGCUGACCAUCUCCAAUGGCCGCUACUUCAAUGUGAAGGAGGAGAAGAAGGUCCUGAUCCGCAGGGGUGAUAGCAGCACCUUCGUCCAAACGGACAAACCCGUUUACACACCAGGGCAGAAAGUGAAGUUUCGGAUUUUGACUCUGAAUGAGGAGUUUGUUCCCCUUAACAGCAAGUACUCUGUGAUAGAACUCCAGGACCCCAACAGUAACCGGAUUGGUCAAUGGCUCGAUGUGCGUCCGAGGCAGGGCAUUGUGGAUCUAUCCUUCCAGUUAGCUGAUGAACCUUCCCUGGGGACUUACACCAUCAACGUGGCCAGCACAAAAGCUUCCAGUACCUUUAGUGUCGAGGAGUAUGUGCUGCCAAAAUUCGAGGUUUUCUUUGAGGGGCCAAUUCACAUUUACGCAUUGGAUAAAACCUUCCCGCUCCGUGUGUGCAGCAGGUACACCUAUGGGAGAGCAGUGCAGGGCACCGUCCGGGUGACCCUGUGCCAGAAAGCUUGGAGGUACAGGCGGCCUCCAAGACACUUUGGCACAGAUAUCUGUGAAGAGUACAGUGGCCAGACCACCAGCCGGGGCUGUUUCUCCACGUCUGUGAGCAUGGCAGUCUUUAACCUCACCUCCUAUGAGUAUGACAGCAAGCUCAGUGCAGAGGCCUCUCUGGUGGAAGAUGGCACAGGAGUGCAAAUCAAUGCCUCCAGCCAAUUCCUUAUCUCCAGGACAGCGGUGACUGCCACAUUUGAGAAGCUGGAUGAUUACUACAUCCCUGGAGUCCCCUACAGAGGGAAGAUUAAACUACAGGAUCAUCGUGGGGAUAUUAUGAAAAGCACAAAAGUUUACCUCAUGCUAAGCUACAUGGGGCGACGGUUUAACAAAACAUACAUCACAGAUGGCACUGGGAGAGCUUCAUUCAACAUGGACACAACUGCCUGGAAUAGCUCGUCGGUCUCUUUGGAGGGAAGAUUCAAACUGGAGGAUCUGGUGCAGCAACCUGGGAAGAUCAACGUUGAUUAUGUGAACACUUACCAGUACCUGCAGCCGUUCCAUGUCACAACCAAGAGCUUCCUGAAGAUACACCCACUGCCGGGAAUGCUGCCCUGUGGGCUGCAGCAGAAUGUCCAGGUUACAUUUGUCCUCAGCCGGAAGGACCUGGGAGAAGGAGCCAGCCGCAUGGAUUUCGCCUACUACGUGAGUCACAGUGGAGGGAUAAUCAUGUAUGGGGAAGGGGAGAGCAGCCCACAUUGGGUCACUGGGAAAGCCGGGAUUGUUGUUAGGGGCCAGAAGAACAUACGGAUUGGGAAACUGAGCACACUGAAAGGCUCCUUCUCCAUCCCUCUGACCUUCACCUCCGACUUCACGCCCGCCCCUUCAUUAGUGGUGUAUGCCAUCUUCCCCAGCAAGGGGGUGGCAGCCGACAGCAUCCAGUUUGAUGUUGCCAUGUGCUUCAAAAACCAGGUGAAGAUGGGCUUCUCAGCUAAAGAAACUCUCCCAGGAUCGACAGUCCAGCUCCAGCUUCAGGCGGCUUCCGGCUCGGUGUGUGCAGUCCGGGCAGUGGACAAGAGCGUGCUCCUCAUGAGGCCAGAGAAAGAGCUGACCAAUCAAACGGUCUAUGAGUUAUUCCCUUUCAUACACCGCCAUGGGUACCCCCACCAAGUUGAGGAAUACCCAGAUCUAUGUGUGCGACUUCCACCUUUAUUACCACUGGUGUCACGGAGGCCUUGGUAUCCCUAUCAGCUGGAUGUCUUUAACCUCUUCAGGAGCAUAGGCCUGAAAAUCUUUUCCAACCUCAUGAUAAAGAAGCCGACUCAGUGCUAUUAUCCUGUGGACAAGAGGCCGACAGCACCCCCACUAAGGCCCAUCAGCAUCCUGGAGGCUCCUCCAGAAUCCACUAUCCCAGGGAGAGUUCGCCAGUAUUUCCCUGAAACCUGGCUCUGGGAUUUGAUCUCUGUCGGUCCCACUGGAAACAGGGAUGUCCCAGUCACAGUGCCUGACACCAUCACUGAGUGGAAAGCCGGGAUGUUCUGCAUGGCCAGGCUGGGCUUUGGACUUGCCCCAACCACGAGUCUUGUGACAUUCCAGCCCUUCUUUGUGGAUGUGACGCUGCCAUACUCUGUGGUCCGGGGAGAGACCUUUACCCUAAAGGCCACCGUCUUCAACUACCUACGGCAGUGCAUCCAGAUCCAAGUGUCCCUGGCUAAAUCCCCAGACUUCCGGGUGGAGCUGUGCAGGAGCUGCAGGUACAUCCACUGCCUGUGUGCAGAAGAAUCCAGAACCUUCUCAUGGAGUGUGACAGCCACAACAUUGGGGGCGGUAAAUAUAACGGUCAGCACAGUGGUGAUGGACAACACGCCACAGUGUGGAGGCAGGAGGACCUUCCCUCCAGCAAUGCCACGGAAGGAUACACUGAUCAAACCCCUGAUAGUCCGGCCGGAGGGAGUGCUCGUGGAGAAGGCUCACAGCUGCCUGCUGUGCCCUAGAGGAGGAAAUACAGUCAAAGACCCUGUGUCCCUCACCCUCCCUGCUAAUGCAGUGAAAGGAUCAGCCAGAGCUACCAUCUCUGUCUUGGGUGACAUCAUGGGGACGGCGCUGCAGAACCUGGACCGGCUGGUGCAGAUGCCCAGUGGCUGUGGGGAGCAGAACAUGGUGCUGUUCGCCCCCAUCAUCUACGUGCUGCAGUAUCUGGAGAAGACGGGGCAGCUGACCCCAGAGAUCAGGGAGAGGGCAACGGGAUUCCUGCGCAGUGGGUACCAGAGGCAACUCCUGUAUAAGCACAGACAUGGUGCUUACAGCGCCUUUGGGGAGCGCGAUGGAGAGGGGAACACGUGGCUGACAGCAUUUGUGGUUAAGAGUUUUGGACAAGCCAAAAAAUCCAUCUUCAUAGAUGAUAAGAACAUUCAAGAUGCCCUGAAAUGGCUGGAGCUUCACCAGCUCCCCGGCGGCUGCUUUACCAACAAAGGGAGGCUCUUCCACUCUUCCAUGAAGGGCGGUGUGAAUGAUGAGAUCUCCCUGGGGGCCUACAUCACCGCGGCACUGCUGGAGCUGGGGCAGCCACUGAAGGGCAGCAUGGUGCAGGCCGCCUUACGUUGCCUCAUUCACGCCGUUCACAAUGUCACCAACAUUUACACGGAAGCCGUGUUGGCCUACGCCUUCGCCCUGGCUGGGGACUAUGAGGUGACCCAGGAGCUGCUGUACAAGCUGGAUGAACAGGCCAUCAAAUCAGGAGGCCAAAUCCACUGGAGCCCCAAGCCCAGCUCCCCAGCUGCCACAGAUUUCUGGCCUAGGACUCAGUCAAUGGAUGUUGAGCUGACAGCCUAUGUGCUCCUGGCUUACCUCUCCAAACCACGCAUAAACGCAGAGGACAUGGCCACUGCUGCCGGCAUCGUGGCCUGGCUGGCUCGGCAGCAGAACGCCCGUGGAGGGUUUGCUUCCACGCAGGACACGGUGGUCGCACUGCAGGCCCUGGCUAAGUACGCAGCCCGGACGUUCAGCACAUUGGCACAGGUGACAGUGACGGUGAAGUCUCAGGGGAGCUUUGAGAGGAAGUUCCAGGUCACCCACAAGAACCGGCUACUGCUGCAGCAAGCGGUGCUAACGGAAAUCCCCGGGGAGUUCUCAGUGCAGGCCCAGGGCAGCGGCUGCGUCUACGCCCAGACAGUGCUGAGAUACAAUGAGCCCCCUCCACGGGUCUCCGUGACCUUCUCUCUGCGCGUCACCACACAGCUGAUCGACUGCGCCAAGGGCAAUGCGCGCUUCCUCACUGUCCGCAUCCACGUCAGCUACAUCGGGAGCAGAGUCACUUCUAACAUGGUGAUUGUGGAGGUCUCCCUGCUGUCUGGAUUCAGUCUGUCUUCGGGCUCCCGCACAUCGCUGCAGCAGAGACCCCUCAUUAGGAAAACAGAAGUGAAAAUUGAUGCAAUCUUCAUUUAUCUGGAGAAGCUGAGCGAUGAGUCACAGACUUUCAUCCUGCAACUGGAACAAGAGAUCGAGGUGAAGGGCCUGAAACCAGCCAACAUCAAAGUCUAUGACUACUACCAGCCAGAGGAGCGAGCCCUGGCUGACUAUAAUGCUGUCUGCAGCUGAGCGCAGGGGGAGGAGGCUGGAUGGAAGCGAGGAAUCCAGCAGUGACUCCCACCACAGCUCGAUAACAUUCCUGCAGCCUUCGGAAAGCAAUGGCUGUGCUGCAUUGUGGGGAACCUGUGCGGGAUUCAUGGAGGAGCUUCUGGCUGGGGAGCUUGGAUUAUGGCUUCCUGCCCUGCUCACAGUUCCUGUCUGACUUUUCUUUCCAGGGGGAGGGUGUCUUUGGCUUCAAGUCAAUUUAAGCUGGGGAAUUGCCCAAGGAAAAGAAUUAAAACAAUUGC